AGGAGGGAGGAGGAGGAGGAGGAGGAGGAGGAGGAGGAGGAGGAGGAGGAGGAGGAGAAGGUGAAGGAGGAGGAGGAGGUGAAGGAGGAGGAGGAGGAAGAGGAGGAGGAGGAGGAGGUGAAGGAGGAGGAGGAGGAGGAGGAGGUGAAGUAGUAGCAUGUAUUUUGGUACUUAUGAAAGUAAUAGUAUGUAGUAUUGUAGUAGUAUAAUUUUAUAUAUUAGGACAAUUUUUUAAAGUACGACAGAAAAAGAGGGAACUUGGUAUGUCCGGAUAAUGAAUUAACAGUCACCUGUACCCAAACAUAAAACCACCUGUCAACACCAACUCACCUCUUAGUUCAAGCUUCCUGCACACACACACUCACUCACUCACUCACUCACUCACUCACUCACUCACUCACUCACUCACUCACUCACUCACUCACUCACUCACUCACUCACUCACACACACACACACACUCAGUCACUCACUCACUAACACACACACACUCACACACACACUCACACACUCACACACACACACACACACACUCACUCACUCACUCAAUCACUCACACAUACACUCACUCACACACAUUCACUCACUCACUCACACACACACACACUAACUCACUCACACACACACAACACACACACACACACACACACACACACACACACACACACACACACACACUUACACACACGUACACCGUCUGGACUCAGUGUUCAGACCCCACGGUCGUUGGUGUACAGACCCAGUUCUCCAUUCUCCAUGAUGUCGUCUCUAAAGAGCGAAUUAGAAUCCUACAUCCCGUUUGGCAUCAGAAGAGGAAAUGUUUGAACGUGGUGACAGAUUCCCAAACCGCCUCUCUGUCUCUCUGCAGGUCAUGAUAUUACCAGCUCCUUGGAGCCAGCGAACAUUGACACCAGUAUUCUGGAGGACUACAUCAGCAAGGAGGACGACAGCACUGACAUGUGAGUGGCUCAGAGCGAUUCAUGAAAAUUAAUGUUUCAGGUAGUCAGUCCGGUUUUUUUUCUCUUUCGUUUAUUGCCGAAUGAAUAUGACCCUGUUCCCAGAUCAGUUUUUUUGCUGUAUUUUGUACAAUAACCAUAGGAGUUGGCUACAGCACAAACAGAUCUGGGACCAGCUUAUAAAUGCGACCCAACAACAACUAUAUCUAACCAGGGUCAUCUUAAUUUGGCACCAAACUGAAGAAAAAAAAACUACCUGGACUUCAACACGACAACUAAUUCAUAUCAUGUUAUUCCAUUGUGAUUUCCAACUGAACCGAUAACGAUUAAACACAAUUCUAUCUUUUCUUCUCUGUGUGUUUUUUCUCUCUCCAGCUGUUUCUCUGAGGUCCACAGCGGUGCCCCAGGCCCUAACUCCUACUCAUCAACCCAGGCCGGAGUCUCCUCCGCUGGGACUCUGAGAUCCCCUAUCUCCCUACGUCAGGGAAACCCCCACCCGACACCCUAUCCCCCGCCCCCGCCCCCGGGCCUACUGAGACACAACAAUUACCCCUGCCUGGGGCAACAGAACCACCAGCAGAACCACCAGCAGCAGCAGAACCACGUCAAGCCUGAACACAGAGGUCACUACACACCGGGGUGAGCUGACUGGAUGAGGGGUCCGUGGAGUGAGCCAUGCGUUUUCAUAUGGCUCUGGGUGGAUGGAAACAGCUGAUGAUGUGUGUAGGAAUGAUGUUAGAGAAAGACGUCCCAGCAGGUUGCAGUGACAUAAUAUUGCCUGCUGCUUUUGAAGCAGUUGUAAUAUCAAAGUGAGAUUACAACUUCAUUAAAAGAUAAUCACAGUAACUCAAAUUGAACCAACUCUGCUUGCAGGAGCCAGUCUCAGACUCCCCCACCGGUUCAACGUUGAGUUUUGAUUUACGUCUGGUUGAGUUGUCAACUAACGUGAAUUCAACGUGGAAUCAACAUUAACACCGUGUCGUUGGAAUUAGAUUAAAAGUCGGGUGAAAAUAAAUACGAAAUUCCCUUGCGUUGAUGACUUUUUUUCAAAUCAAAAUCAGUUUUCCACGUUGAUUCAACGUCAUCAUAGAUUUUGCCCAGGGGGUCAUUUCGACAAAAUCGUUUUUCUUCCUCACACAGUGAAACCAGACUCACACCCUAGUCAGAGUUCAGUUACAUUUUGUAAUCAGUGCUUGAUUAACUCUACUUGGACAAAUAAACCAUUGGCCAGCAAAGAGGGGAGGGAGGGUGAUAUCAGAAACGAGUCAUAUUACAGAAACAACACACAGACAUACAGACAGACAGACAGAUACACAGACAGACAGACAGGUACACAGACAGACAGACUCAAUGGCCUGGAAAUAACUUGUCAUCAAUCAAUUGCACAACAAACUAGAGAUCAUAUCACUGUUUUUAGAAAUAUAUGUAUGAAAACAAAACUAUCAUUGUAGAGAAAUUCUAAAAUCGUAUCCAGAGCGACUUACUGUUAGUGCGUUCGUCUUAAAGCAGCAAUCCUUAGUUAAAACAAUAACAAAGUGUUUUCCCGGUCAAUAACAAAACGGAAGCCCCGCCUCUGUUUCUGUAAAAAGCUGAGGGAAAUGAGAAAUGUAACCACUCUCAAUUUAAUAGACAGAGCUAUGGAUGCAAGGACUGACCAUCCAUGAUAUCAACGUUCUAGUUUUAAUCAUGUUUUGAGGCUGUACAGUGUUUGUUUACAUUUACUUUGUUUACAAACAUUGGAGUAAAACAAGCUUCUAUUUAGGGUUCUGAUGGCGUGUGACAGCUGAACUAAGCUCAUGAGGCAUUUAUAAGUUAUAUUCUUCAACAAUCAAUGGGUACAUAUAUCAUUCAAUUACAAGUACAAAAAUGGAUGUAGCAAAUGCAGAUUGGCCCUUUAAAGGGAAAUUCCACUCAAAAACUAUCUUGUGGUAAUUAUUUCAUUAGUCCACUGUUGAUACAGUCCCAAAAUGUUUUGCAUGUUAGCAAUUAAGUUUUCAACUUUCAAAAUACAGAAAGUGUCACAGUAUGAUGCGCUUUGCAAAAGGAAGUUAUUUAUCUUGAAAACGACAUUCUGUAUCACAGUCAUAGUAGAUAAAGUGUUUCCUCAAUAAAGCAGCUAUCAGCAAAGUCAGUGCUUUAUCCCAACCAUAUGAAUAUCUCUCAAUGUUCCAGGACACUCCCUGAGUCCCCCCCAGACUCCAGCUCUGAGCCAUACUCCAGCCUGCUCAGUCUUUCUCUGCCACGACAUCUCUCAUCUCUUCUCUCAGCACACAGCUCUUCUCCUACUUCGCCCCUGCUAUCCUCUCUCUUCUCUCGCCCUGCCUCUCUCUCUCUCUCGCCCUGCUCUCCUCUCUCUCUCUCUGCCCCUGCUCUCCUCUCUCUCUCGCCCUGCCUCUCCUCUCUCUCUCUCGCCCCUGCCUCUCUCCUCUCUCUGCCCUGCCUCUACUCUCUCUCCUCUCCUCUUUCGCCCCUGCCUCUCCUCUCUCUCUGCCCUGCCUCUCCUCUCCUCUCUCGCCCCUGCCUCUCCUCUUCUCUCGCCCCUGCCUCUCCUUCUCUCUCUCUCUCGCCCUGCCUCUCCUCUCCCUCCUUUCCUCUCUCUCCGCCCUGCCUCUCCUCUCUCUCUCUGCCCCUGCCUCUCCUCUCCUCUCUCUCUCUCGCCCCUGCCUCUCCUCUCCUCUCUCUCUCGCCCCUGCCCCUGCCUCUCCUCUCUCUCUCUCGCCCCUGCCUCUCCUCUCUCUCUCGCCCCUGCCUCUCCUCUCUCUCUCUCGCCCCUGCCUCUCCUCUCCUCUCUCUCUCUCGCCCCUGCCUCUCCUUCUGCUCCUCUCUUCUCGCCCCUGCCUUCCUCUCUCUCUCUCUCGCCCUGCCUCUCCUUCUCCUCUCUCCCCCUGCCUCUCCUCUCUCUCUCUCUCGCCCCUGCCUCUCCUCUUCUCUCGCCCCUGCCUCUCUCUCUCUCUCUCUCUCUGCCCCGCCCUUGCCUCUCCUCCUCUCUCUCUCGCCCCUGCCUCUCUCUCUCUCCGCCUCCUCUCUCCUCUCUCCUCUUCGCCCCUGCCUCUCUCUCUCUCUCUCUCUCCGCCCCUGCCUCUCCUCUCUCUCUCUCGCCCCUGCCUCUCCUCUCUCUCUCGCCCCUGCCUCUCCUCUCUCUCUCCUCUCCCUCUCUCGCCCCUGCCUCUCUCUCCUCUCGCCUGCCUCUCUCUCUCUGCCCCCUGCCUCUCCUCUUCUCUCUCUCUCCCCCUGCCUUCUCCUCUCCUCUCUCUCUCUCUCGCCCCUGCCUCUCCUCCUCCUCUCUCUCGCUCCCUCUCUCUCUCGCCCCGCUCUAUCUCUUCUUUCGCCCCUGCCUCCUCUCUCUCUCUCCGCACCUGCCUAUCCUUCUCUCUCUCGCCCCUGCUCUCUCUCUCUCGCCCUGCCUCUCCUCUCUCUCUCUCUCGCCCCUGUCUAUCCUCUCCUCUCGCCCUGCUCUCCUUCUCUCUCUCUCGCCCCUGCCUCUCCUCUCCUCUCGCCCCUUCCUCUCUCUUCGCCCUGCCUCUCUCUCUUCUCUUUCGCCCCUGUCCUCUCUCCUCUCUCUCUGCGCCUCUCUCUCUCUCUCGCCCUGCUCCUUCUCUCUCGCCCCUGCCUCUCCUAUCUCUCUCGCCCCUGCCUCUCCUCUCCUCUCUCUCUCUCUCUCACCCCUGCCUCUCCUCUCAGGAGGAGUUAGUUAGUCAGGAAUUUAGUUAACAGGGAGUUAGUUAGUCAGGAAGUGGUUGGUGACUCUAGACUCAGUCAGACAGGGAGUUAUUUAGUCUAGAAGUGGUUGGUGACUCUGACAGGGAGUUAGUCAGGUGGAGGACUACGACGUGUCAGAUCAGUGGAGGACUACGAUGUGUCAGAUCAGUGGAGGACUACGAUGUGUCAGAUCAGUGGAGGACUAUGAUGUGUCAGAUCAGUGGAGGACUAUGAUGUGUCAGAUCAGUGGAGGACUAUGAUGUGUCAGAUCAGUGGAGGACUAUGAUGUGUCAGAUCAGUGGAGGACUACGACGUGUCAGAUCAGUGGAGGACUAUGACGUGUCAGAUCAGUGGAGGACUAUGACGUGUCAGAUCAGUGGAGGACUACGAUGUGUCAGAUCAGUGGAGGACUAUGACGUGUCAGAUCAGUGGAGGACUAUGAUGUGUCAGAUCAGUGGAGGACUACGAUGUGUCAGAUCAGUGGAGGACUACGAUGUGUCAGAUCAGUGUAGGACUACGACGUGUCAGAUCAGUGGAGGACUAUGAUGUGUCAGAUCAGUGGAGGACUAUGACGUGUCAGAUCAGUGGAGGACUAUGAUGUGUCAGAUCAGUGGAGGACUAUGAUGUGUCAGAUCAGUGGAGGACUACGAUGUGUCAGAUCAGUGGAGGACUACGAUGUGUCAGAUCAGUGUAGGACUACGAUGUGUCAGAUCAGUGGAGGACUACGAUGUGUCAGAUCAGUGGAGGACUAUGAUGUGUCAGAUCAGUGGAGGACUACGAUGUGUCAGAUCAGUGUAGGACUAUGAUGUGUCAGAUCAGUGGAGGACUACGAUGUGUCAGAUCAGUGGAGGACUAUGAUGUGUCAGAUCAGUGGAGGACUACGACGUGUCAGAUCAGUGGAGGACUACGACGUGUCAGAUCAGUGGAGGACUAUGAUGUGUCAGAUCAGUGGUAAAAGAGGGUGUGAAGCCGGAGAGAUUGACUGAUGAUGCAGUAUCCUUUCACAGGUAGGUGUGCAGUAUAUACUUACGGACAGAGGUACUGUAUGGAUGGCGUACCUAAUGGCACCCUAUUCCUUAUAUAGUGCACUGCUUUUGACCAGGACCGAUAGGGAUCAAAGGGCUCUGUUUAAAAGUAGUGCACUACGUAGGGAAUAGGGUGCCAUUAGGGACACAGCCUAGGUGUGCAGUAUACAUAGGUGUAAAGUUUCUCUACACAGGUAAAGUAGGUGUGUUCUAGACUCAAGCUGUGUUCUUGACUCAAGGUGUGUUCUAGACUCAAGGUGUGUUCUAGACUCAAGCUGUGUUCUAGACUCAAGGUGUGUUCUAGACUCAAGGUGUGUUCUAGACUCAAGCUGUGUUCUAGACUCAAGGUGUGUUCUAGACUCAAGGUGUGUUCUAGACUCAAGCUGUGUUCUAGACUCAAGGUGUGUUCUAGACUCAAGGUGUGUUCUAGACUCAAGCUGUGUUCUAGACUCAAGCUGUGUUCUAGACUCAAGGUGUGUUCUAGACUCAAGCUGUGUUCUAGACUCAAGGUGUGUUCUAGACUCAAGCUGUGUUCUAGACUCAAGGUGUGUCUAUCCACCCACCUCUCUCUUCUGUGCCUCUGUUCAGAUCAAUAGAUGUUACUAAUCUCUUCUGGUCAUUUGAAUGGAAGAACAAGAGUUGGACAGAAUUUGGUUAAUAAGUUAAUGUAAAUCAAUACAUUCUUUACAGAGAAAUUCCUGUCAUUUAUUCAUCUAAACUUUAUCUAAUUUAUCUGGAGACUAAAUUUGAUCAUAGAAAUUGAAUACAUCAAAUAUUUUAGCUGUAUGGAAUAUCAUGUUUGGUAUGGUAUCUAGAUUCCAAGAUCUGCAAUCUUAAAUACCUAAUAGCUGGAUUAGGUUUAGUAUAUUUCAAUACAUUUCUCAUUGAAAUUGUAUGUAUCUUUCUGAAUUCCAACACAAGUUGUAGUAGGCUAUACAAACUCACAAAGUAGCCUACUUACGUCAACACAAUGUUCUCACGACCUGAUCCCCACUCACACCUGUGUUGGUCUUUCCAUUCAGUGAGAAGGUGUGGGAAUGUCUUAUCUGAUUGGCUGAGCUCCAGGAAGGAACAAUGGAAAGUACCAUUAGCCUAGGGUGGAGGGAACCUGGACUAAUUACACAUUAGAUGAAAAAUGAAAUAUAAUAUUACAGUAUUGGAUAUAGAUCUCAGUGACGGGAAGGUUCACCAGAUGGGAAGGUUCACCAGAUGGGAAUCUUCACCAGAUGGGAAGGUUCACCAGAUGGGAAGCUUCACCAGAUGGGAAGGUUCACCAGAUGGGAAGGUUCACCAGAUGGGAAGGUUCACCAGAUGGGAAGGUUCACCAGAUGGGAAUCUUCACCAGAUGGGAAGGUUCACCAGAUGGGAAGCUUCACCAGAUGGGAAGGUUCACCAGAUGGGAAUCUUCACCAGAUGGGAAGGUUCACCAGAUGGGAAUUUUCACCAGAUGGGAAGGUUCACCAGAUGGGAAGGUUCACCAGAUGGGAAGGUUCACCAGAUGGGAAGGUUAACCAGAUGGGAAGGUUCACCAGAUGGGAAUUUUCACCAGAUGGGAAGGUUCACCAGAUGGGAAGCUUCACCAGAUGGGAAGGUUCACCAGAUGGGAAGCUUCACCAGAUAGGAAUCUUCACACUCACAGCAAAUAGAACACACACACUCUUUGUCAUCAGAGGUCAAAGUUUGCUGGCAAAAAUAUUGUUUUGCAACCUGUGCCACCGAUGAUUAAAAACCUAAAUACACCAACCUAGGAACCGUAGUCAGCCUUCAGUGUAUCUGGGUCUUUUAUCAGACCAUGUGAUAGUCCAAGCUGUUGUAGCUAUUGUCAGAACAGACCUUGAAACAGGUAAAACUUACAUUUACAUUUUAGCAGACGCUCUUAUCCAGAGUGACUUACAGUUAGUGAGUGCAUACAUUUUCAUACUGGCCCCCCGUGGGAAACGAACACACAACCCUGGCGUUGCAAGCGCCAUGCUCUACCAACUGAGCUACACGGGGCCCCUAAACAAUGGAACAGAUGAAACGCUUAAACAUAUUCCUCCCUGUCUUCCAGACACUCACAUGCUGAGGACCAUGACGCCAGAGAACAUGUGUCACAUGACCCCGCCACCGCUACCCCCACACGGCCACGGCUAUCCCAACAUGCACCGGGACAUGUACCUGAAGCCCGAGCCAAUGAUCUCACAGUACCCUGUUGGCCCCACCUCCAGUGGGAGUGGACAGGACCUGCAACAGAGUCAGAUACUACAUCAACUACUUCAACACCCACAACAGCAGGGGCAAGAGUGAGUGAUCAACCAACCAACUAAUCAGCCAACUAGCCAAUCACCCACUCAACCAAUCAGCAGGUUGUAAAGGGGAGGGGGAAUGGAGAUACUUCACUGAUUGCUGCAGUGCUCACAGAAGGGCCAGGAGUAAGGGAUGGGUGUAGGAGAGAGGGAGGGAGGGAGGGAGGGAGGGUUAGGGAGGGUUAGGGAGGGAGGGAGGGUUAGGGAGGGUUAGGGAGGGAGGGAGAAGGGUGGAGGGAGGGUUAGGGAGGGAGGGAGGGAGGGAAAGACAAAUAACAAAUCAUAAUAUGUUUUAGCGGAUCGAUCGAUCUCUCAAUGUAAAUGCUUCAUUUCCCUACAUUAGUUUGUGUGUCUUCAUUGUGAGUGUGUGUUUACAGUGGGAUACCAGUCCACCAGACGAAGAAGAGAAAGCACUGUGAAUCUCCAAACAGCACCCUCAACUCUCAGAUCCUCACAGGUAUCAUCAAACAGGAGCCAGGUAGGCAGGCAUAUCUUUGUCUGUCUCUCUUUCUUUCACUCUCUUUCUCUUUCUUUCUCUCUCUCGCUCUGCUUGUCUGUCUAUCGAACAUUUCUCUAUUUUCUCUCUCUGCAUGUAUCUCUCUUCUCUCUCUCUCUCUCUUCUCUUCUCUCUCUCUCUCUCUCUCCCUGUCCUUGGCAACAUGUGGUGCUAAGGUUGCAAUAAUCCGGAUAACUUUACCCAAAUUAUCAGGUUUUCCAGAAAUACUAGCUGGGGGAUCCAACCAGGAUUUCUGGAAAACCUGGGAAUUUGGAAAAUGUACCAGAAUUCUGCAACCCUGUGUUGUGUAGAAAAGGCAUACAAAUAUGCAGAUUAAAAUGUGAUCUUGUGUUUCCCCCUUACGCAGUAGACAUUGUUUCUGGCCCAGGUUUGAUGGCGGAUGCAGAUAACUCCUACCUGGACCCUAACUACCAGUGCAUAAAGUGGCAGCCGCACCAGCAGAAUAAAUGGACGCCGCUGUAUGACAUCAACUGCAAAGAGCUGUGGGUGUCCCACUACUCUCUAUCAACUGAAAUUACUGUACACUAUAUAUGUCCAUUUGUUAUUUCUUUGUGUUGUAUCUGUUAUAGAGAAUAGUGAUGUUUCUGUUAUAGGGGAUAGUGAUGUUUCUGUUAUAGAGGAUAGUGUUGUUUCUGUUAUAGAGGAUAGUGAUGUUUCUGUUAUAGAGGAUAGUGAUGUUUCUGUUAUAGGGGAUAGUGAUGUUUCUGUUAUAGAGGACAGUGAUGUUUCUGUUAUAGAGGAUAGUGAUGUUUCUGUUAUAGGGGAUAGUGAUGUUUCUGUUAUAGAGGACAGUGAUGUUUCUGUUAUAUAGGAUAGUGAUGUUUCUGUUAUAGAAGACAGUGAUGUUUCUGUUAUAGAGGAUAGUGAUGUUUCUGUUAUAGAGGAUAGUGUUGUUUCUGUUAUAGAGGACAGUGAUGUUUCUGUUAUAGAGGAUAGUGAUGUUUCUGUUAUAGGGGAUAGUGAUAUUUCUGUUAUAGGGGAUAGUGAUGUUUCUGUUAUAGAGGAUAGUGUUGUUUCUGUUAUAGAGGAUAGUGAUGUUUCUGUUAUAGAGGAUAGUGAUGUUUCUGUUAUAGGGGAUAGUGAUGUUUCUGUUAUAGAGGACAGUGAUGUUUCUGUUAUAGAGGAUAGUGAUGUUUCUGUUAUAGGGGAUAGUGAUGUUUCUGUUAUAGAGGAUAGUGAUGUUUCUGUUAUAGAGGACAGUGAUGUUUCUGUUAUAGAGGAUAGUGUUGUUUCUGUUAUAGAGGAUAGUGACAAAGAUUGAAUGUAUACAAUACAGAGAUAGAGAAAAAAAGAGUGAGGUUGAGAGAGUGAGAAGAGAAAGGUAAGAUGCGAGAGAAGAGAGAGACAAAGAGAGCGAGAUCGAGAGAAGGAAAGAGAGAGACGAGAGAUGUUUAAUAGGGUUCAAGGAGGGAGGGAUAGAAUGAUCUAGAGAGAGAAGAGAAGGAACAAAAAAAUAAGUGUAGGGUUCUACAAAUUCCUUGGAGGUGAGCGAUGCGGGGGAGUCAGUAAGAGCAGGGUUUCGGUCAAGAAAGAAUAUGAGGGGAGGAGAGAAGAGAAUGAAGGGAUAGGAGGGGGUGGAGGAGAGGGGAGGAGAACGGGGGGAGGGGAAGGGAGAAGGGGGGGUGGAGGAGAGGGGAGAGGGGUGGAGGAAGGGGUGGAGAACGGGGGGGAGAAGGGUGGAGAAGGGUGGAGGAGGAGGGGAGAACUGUGGAGGGGAGGGGGGUGUGAGGAGAGGGGAGAGGAGUGGAGGGGGGUGGAGGAGGAGGGGAGAACUGUGGAGGGGAGGGGGGUGGAGGAUAAAUGUGCAAUCACCUACUUGUGCACAUUACUAUGCCGAACUGGGAAGUCUGAGGUUGAGGGAUAAGGGGUGGGGGGGUGGGGGGAUAAGGGUUGAGGGAUAAGGGGUGGGGGGUGAGGGAUAAGGGGGUUGAGGGAUAAGGGGGUGGGGGGGUGGGGGAUAAGGGGUUGAGGAUAAGGGGUGGGGGGUGGGGGAUAAGGGUUGAGGGAUAAGGGGUGGGGGGUGAGGGAAGGGGUUGAGGGAUAAGGGGUGGGGGUUGAGGGAUAAGGGGGUGGGGGGGGUGGGGGGGGGAUAAGGAGUGAGGAUAAGGGGUGGGGGGGUGGGGUGGGGGAUAAGGAGUUGAGGGAUAAGGGGUGGGGGUUGAGGGAUCAGGGGUGGGGUUGAGGGAUAAGGGGUGGGGGGUGAGGGAUAAGGGGUGGGGGUUGAGGGAUAAGGGGUGCGUACCAUUUCGUUAUCGUCAUCAACAGGUGGCUCAUCGUAGCUGAUACACUCACGUUUACGACAUUAUGAUCUGGAUGAAAUAUAUGUUAUAGUAUUAGGAUUAGGAAUAAGCUUUGUCCUCAUAAACCAUAGUGGGGUCUGUGAAAGGUCUUCCACAUGACUGUGGCACAGUCUCCCCCUAGUGUUUACGAUUAGAAUUACAUUCAUUUUGUGUUCUAUGUAGACGCUGGAAUAAAAACCAAUUCAUGCUUGCUCCGGAAAUGCGAUCUGGAGGCUCUGUACAGAGGGUGUGACACAUUUCGGAGUCUUGCGGAGGCCAAACCGACCUCCGUACCGCGUCGCUGUGUGCCUCCCAAAUUGUUCUACAAUGCGGAAGGGCUCCGUAUAGCUCCGCAUUGACAUGAUUGGUUUAUGAUAGGUUGGGGCGGGAGGUCCUGUAUAAACACAAACUCACUUCCUUGACAACUUCGUUCACAACAGCUCUGCUCAGCGAAGAGCAAGAAGUAUGAAUGCCCUGACUUCUGCAGAGGCCGUAUCACAGUAAAGGCUGCACGGCCAAUUCAGACGUUGGAUUGACCAUGCAGCGCCUUUGAGCCUGUUAACACUUUUGAUAAUGUUGUUCAUUUGGGAUUUGUUUGUCCAUAACUUUGGAUGACUUGUGACCAAAUCAGGGCAUCGACUCUACAAGGUGUCGAAAGCAUUCCACAGGGAUGCUGGCCCAUGUUGACUGCAAUGCUUCCCACAGUUGUGUCAAGUUGGCUGGAUGCCCUUUGCGUGGUGGACCAUUCUUGAUACACACAGCAAACUGUUGAGUGUGAAAAACCCAGCAGCGUUGCAGUUCUUGACACACUCAAACCGAUGCCCCGUUCAAAGACACGCCCUGUUGGGGUUAGUGGAGGACCAAGGUUGGGCUGUUGGGGUUAGUGGAGGACCAAGGUUGGGCUGUUGGGGUUAGUGGAGGACCAGGGUUGGGCUGUUGGGGUUAGUGGAGGACCAGGGUUGGGCUGUUGGGGUUAAUGGAGGACCAGGGUUGGGCUGUUGGGGUUAGUGGAGGACCAAGGUUGGGCUGUUGGGGUUAGUGGAGGACCAGGGUUGGGCUGUUGGGGUUAGUGGAGGACCAGGGUUGGGCUGUUGGGGUUAGUGGAGGACCAAGGUUGGGCUGUUGGGGUUAGUGGAGGACCAGGGUUGAGCUGUUGGGGUUAAUGGAGGACCAGGGUUGGGAAACACUGGUCUAUGUCAUGGAAAGAGCAGGUGUUCCUAAUGUUUUGUACAGUGUGUAUAUGACCCCAUAUGGCCCUACAGUAUGUGACCCCAUAUGGCCCUACAGUAUGUGACCCCAUAUGGCCCUACAGUAUGUGACUCCAUAUGGCCCUACAGUAUGUGACCCCAUAUGAACCUACUGAGAAACCUUACGUUGACUCCCUCUCCAUCCAUCUCUUACUCUCUCCAGUCCGAUGCCCACCUACCGCGUAGACGCUGACAAGGGCUUCAACUUCUCCCUGGCAGACGACGCCUUUGUGUGUCAGAAAAAGAACCACUUCCAGGUUACUGUGUACUGCGGCAUGCUGGGAGAUCCCAAGUACAUCAAGACCAGCGAGGGCCUGCAGCCCAUAGACUGCUUUUAUCUCAAACUCAACGGGGUUAAGGUGAGGGAGGUGGGGAGAUGGGUGAUCAGGGUUUGGGGUCAAUUACAUUUCAAUUCAGUCAAUUUCAGGAGGUUUCAAAAUGGAAUUGACCCAAAUCAUGGUGGUAAUGUGGUUGUCUCACCUAGCUAUCUUAAAAUGAAUUCACUAACUGUAAAUCUCUCUGGAUAAAGCGUCUGUUAAGAUGAAUCCACUAACUGUAAAUCUCGCUGGAUAAAGCGUCUGUUAAAUGACGAACAUGUAAAAUGGAAGAUACUCAGUUGAACAGGGUCUUUCAACACCUGUUCCUGUCUGUCUCUUUCCUGUCUCCUGUCUGUCUCUUUCCUGUCUACUGUCUGUCUCCCUCCUGUCUCCUUCCUGUAUCCUGUCUGUCUCCUUCCUGUCUACUGUCUCUCUCCUGUCUGUCUCCGUCCUGUCUCCUGUCUGACUCCAUCCUGUCUGCUGUCUGUCUCCCUCGUGUCUCCUUCCUGUCUCCUGUCUGUCUCUUUCCUGUCUCCUGUCUGUCUCCUUCCUGUCCCUGUCUGUCUCCUUCCUGUCUCCUGUCUGUCUCCUUCCUGUCUGUCUCCUUCCUGUCUCCUGUCUGUCUUCUUCCUGUCUCCUGUCUGCCUCCUUCCUGUCUCUCUCCUUCCUGUCUCCUGUCUGUCUCCUUCCUUCCUGUCUGUCUCCUUCUUGACUCCUGUCUGUCUCCUUCCUGUCUCCUUCCUUCCUGUCUCCUUCCUGUCUCCUGUCUUUCUCCUUCCUGUCUGUCUCCUUCUUGACUCCUGUCUGUCUCCUUCCUGUCUCCUUCCUUCCUGCCUCCUGUCUGUCUCCUGUCUGUCUCCUUCUUGACUCCUGUCGUACUCCUUCCUGUCUCCUUCCUUCCUGUCUCCUUCCUGUCUCCUUCCUGUCUCCUGUCUGUCUCCUUCCUGUCUGUCUCCUUCUUGACUCCUGUCUUACUCCUUCCUGUCUCCUUCCUGUCUCCUGUCUGUCUCCUUCCUGUCUGUCUCCUUCUUGACUCCUGUCUUACUCCUUCCUGUCUCCUUCCUUCCUGUCUCCUGUCUGUCUCCUGUCUGUCUCCUUCUUGACUCCUGUCGUACUCCUUCCUGUCUCCUUCCUGUCUCCUGUCUGUCUCCUUCCUGUCUGUCUCCUUCUUGACUCCUGUCUUACUCCUUCCUGUCUCCUUCCUGUCUCCUGUCUGUCUCCUUCCUGUCUGUCUCCUUCUUGACUCCUGUCUGACUCCUUCCUGUCUCCUUCCUUCCUGCCUCCUGUCUGUCUCCUGUCUGUCUCCUUCUUGUCUCCUAUCUGUCUCUUUCCUGUCUCCUGUCUGUCUUCCAGCUGGAAGCAAUGAACCAGUCCAUUAACGUGGAGCAGUCCCAGUCAGACCGCAGCAAGAGACCCUUCAAACCAGUCCUGUGAGUCUGGGUCUUGUGGGUAUCUUAUGGUGGCAGGAAAGGACUGUGGGCACACUUUACCGUUGACAUUACAGUCUUUAAUACUGCGUCACAGUGUAAAAACGUAAAGAAAUGUGACAUAUUACUGACAAUACAUGUGUGUUUUUGUGUUUGCAGGGUGACACUGCCCCCGGAGCAGGUUACCAAGGUAACGGUGGGACGACUACACUUCAGUGAGACCACAGCCAAUAACAUGAGGAAGAAAGGCAAACCCAACCCUGACCAGAGGUAAUAUACUAACACACCCCACCCUGACCAGAGGUAAUAUACUAACACACCCCACCCUGACCAGAGGUAAUAUACUAACACACCCUGACCAGAGGUAAUAUACUAACACACCCUGAACUCAGAGUUAAUUAUACUAACACCCCCUGACCCAGAGUAAUAUACUAAACACACACCCCACCCUUACCAGAGGUAAUAUACUACACAACCCCCACCCUUCCAGAUGUAAUAUCACUACCCCACCCUGACCAGAGGUAAUACAACAGCUACACACCCUGACCAUAUGUCAUAUACUAACACACCCACCCUGACCAGAGGUAAUAUCCUAACACACCCUGACCAAGGUAAUACACUACACCCCUGACCAGAGUAAUAUCUCAACCCAACCCCACCUGACCAGAGUAAUAUACACCACCCCUGACCAGAGGUAAAUCCUAACACCCAGCCCUGCUCAGAGUAAAUACACUAACACACCCUGACCAGAGGUAAUAUACUACACACCCGACCAGAAGGAUAAUUCUAACACACAACACAUAUAAACAAACCUGACCAGAGGUAAUAUACUAAACAAACGCAAGCACACACGCUGACCAUAGGUAAUCUCCUAACCCCCCUGACCAGAGGUAAUAUACUAACACACCCUGACCAGAGGUAAUAUACUAAACCCACACCCUGACCAGAGGUAAUAUACUAACACACCCUGACCAGAGGUAAUAUACUAACACACCCCUGACCAGAGGUAAUAUACUAACACACCCUGACCAGAGGUAAUAUACUAACACACCCUGACCAGAGGUAAUAACUAACACACCCUGACCAGAGGUAAUAUACUAACACACCCUGACCAGAGGUAAUAUCCUAACACACCCUGACCCGAGGUAAUAUACUAACGCACCCUGACCAGAGGUAAUAUACUAACACCCCACCCUGACCAGAGGUAAUAUACUAACACACCCUGACCAGAGGUAAUAUACUAACACACCCCACCCUGACCAGUGGUAAUAUACUAACACACCCCACCCUGACCAGUGGUAAUAUACUAACACACCCCACCCUGACCAGUGGUAAUAUAACUAACACACAAACCCCACCCUGACCAUUUGGCUAAACUACUAACCAACCCCACCCUGACCAGAGUUAAUAUACUCAACACACAACACACCCUGACCCCUAGUCAUAUGACGACGCAACACCCUGACCGAGGGUAAUAUACUCCGACACCCCCCACCCUGACUAUUAUAAUAUACUAACACAACACCCAACCCUUACAUAUUACUAAUACUAACACCACCACCCUUAACCAUAGUAAUAUACUAGCACACCCCUAGCCCUUGACCGAGGUAAUAUACUAACACACCCUGACCAGGUAUUAUCCUAACAACAGAAACAUCCCUCACCCUGACCAGAUUUAAUAAUACUACACAACAUCAACCACUGACCAAAGUGCAAUAUAACUAACCCCACUGACCAGAGGUAAUAUACCUAACACCCCUGAGCAGAGGUAAUAUCUAACACACCCCCUACCUCUGAACAUAUUUAAUAUACGACACACCAUAAACUACACAAACACACCACCCUUACGCAAUUUUAUCUAACACAACCCCCUGACCAAGGUAAUAUACUAACCACUGACCAUAGGUAAUACUAACACAACACAACCCCACCCUGACCAGAGUGUAAAUACGAACACCAACCAUCCCCACACCACAACCCCCAACUCAGAACCCCACCCUUGAACAUAUUUAUUAAUAACACACCCUGACCAGGGUAAUAUCUAACCACCCCCACCCUGACCAGAGGUAAUAUACUACCAAAGCACCCGACCAGAGGUAAAUACUAACGCCGCCGGACCAUAGUAAAUAACUAACACACCCGAACCAUAGGAUAAUAUACUAACACACCAAUGCUUACAUAUUAAUAUACUAACACACCCCACUGAAACCAGAGGUAAUAACUCACACCCCUUACCAGAUUGUAAAUCUAACACAACCCCACCCUGACCAGAGGUAAUAUACUAACUCAUAGCCCUGACCAGAGGUACUAUACUAACACACCCUGACCAGGGUUAAUAUACUAGCAAACUACACAAUCCCCCCACCCUCCCAGAGUUAACUACUAACAAAAAACACACCCCAACCCUUACCAGAGGUUAAUUGUCACUCCCCACAACAAUGCCUGUAGCCCUGACCAAGGUAAAUACUAACACACGCCUACCAGACGUUAAUAUACUACACAUCCCCCUUACCAAUUUAUAUAACUACCACACGACCCUGACCAUAUGUAAUAGCCUACCACAACCCUUACCCAUACUUUAAUAUACUACACCCCACACCUUACCCAUAAUGUAUAACUAACACAAACACCAACCCCCUUACCAUCUUAAUAUAGCUAUUUCCUAACCCACUAACCCCCCUUAACCAUAGUGUGAUACGACUACCACCCAUUACCAGAGGUAAUAUACUACCACCCUUACCAGAGAUAAAUACAUAACCCAACCCCUGACUUCGAGGUAAUAUACUCACGCACCCGACCAUAUGUAAUAUAACUAACACACCCCACACCCUUACCAGAUGUCAUAUACUAACACAACAGCACCCCACCCCUCCCAUAUUAAAUAUCUAACACACCCUUGACCAGAUGUAAUAACUACACACCAACCGCACCCCUUACCAGUUAAUUACUAACCACACCCUGACCGAGUAAUAUUACCUAACACCCCCCACCCUUACGCAGAGGUCAUAUACUAACACAACACAACACCCUGCAAUUUCAAAUAUACUAACACAAACACCACCCUUACCCAGGUAAUAUACUAAGCACCCUACCAGAGGUAAUAUACUAACACAGACACAUCCCUGACCAAGGUAAUAUACUGCACCACCCUGCCCUAUUUAAUAUACUAACACCCCCACCCUUACCCAGAGUUAAUAUACUAACACCGAACACAGCGCCUUACCAGAGGAUAAUAUAAUCUACACACCCCACCCUGCACCAGAGUUAAUAUACUAAUCACAACUACCACAACACACUGCUUACCCAUAGAUGUAAUAUACGAAACCACCCACCCUGACCAGAGGUAAUAUACUAACACACCCUGACCAGAGGUAAUAUACUAACGCACCCCACCCUGACCAGAGGUAAUAUACUAACACACCCUGACCAGAGGUAAUAUACUAACACACCCCUGACCCAGAGGUAAUAUACUAACACACCCCACCCUGACCAGAGGUAAUAUACUAACGCACCCUGACCAGAGAUAAUAUACUAACAAUAGGCAGCAGACCAGAGCUACUACACUAACAAUAGGCAGCAGACCAGAGCUACUACACUAACAAUAGGCAGCAGACCAGAGCUACUACACUAACAAUAGGCAGCAGACCAGAGCUACUACACUAACAAUAGGCAGCAGACCAGAGCUACUACACUAACAAUAGGCAGCAGACCAGAGCUACUACACUAACAAUAGGCAACAGACCAGAGCUACUACACUAACAAUAGGCAGCAGACCAGAGCUCCUACACUAACAAUAGGCAACAGACCAGAGCUACUACACUAACAAUAGGCAGCAGACCAGAGCUACUACACUAACAAUAGGCAGCAGACCAGAGCUACUACACUAACAAUAGGCAGCAGACCAGAGCUACUACACUAACAAUAGGCAGCAGACCAGAGCUACUACACUAACAAUAGGCAGCAGACCAGAGCUACUACACUAACAAUAGGCAGCAGACCAGAGCUACUACACUAACAAUAGGCAGCAGACCAGAGCUACUACACUAACAAUAGGCAGCAGACCAGAGCUACUACACUAACAAUAGGCAGCAGACCAGAGCUAAAUCAUCCUUAUAGUCACAGUUAAAGGGGCAAUCUGAAAUUGCUACAUACAGUUUGCCCCUUUAAAGAGUGUACACUUUACUUGACUUCAUGGCCGUCAAAUACAUUUAAUGGAAAUACAUACAGUCGUGGUCAAAAGUUUUGAGAAUGACACAAGUAUUGGUCUUCACAAGGUUCGUAGCAUCAGUGUUAUGAGAUAUUUUUGUCAGAUGUUACUAUGGUAUACUGAAGUAUAAUUACAAGCAUUCCAUAAGCGUCAAAGGCUUUUAUUGACAAUUACAUGAAGUUUAUGCAAACAGUCAAUAUUUGCGGUGUUGACCCUUCUUUUUCAAGACCUCUGCAAUCCGCCCUGGCAUGCUGUCAAUUAACUUCUGGGCCACAUCCUGACUGGAUGGCAGCCCAUUCUUGCAUAAUCAAUGCUUGGAGUUUGUCAGAAUUUGUGGGGUUUUGUUUGUCCACCCGCCUCUUGAGGAUCGACCACAAGUUCUCAAUGGGAUUAAGGUCUGGGGAGUUUCCUGGCCAUGGACCCAAAAUGUUGAUGUUUUGUUCCCUGAGCCACUUAGUUAUCACCUUUGCCUUAUGGCAAGGUGCUCUAUCAUGCUGGAAAAGGCAUUGGAGACGGUCCUGGCGCUUGCUGGACUUUCUUGGGCGCCCUGACGCCUUUUUCACAACAAUUGAACCUCUCUCCUUGAAGUUAUUGAUGAUCUGAUAAAUGGUUGAUUCAGGUGCAAUCUUACUAGCAGCAAUAUCCUUGCCUGUGAAGCCCUUUUUGUGCAAAGCAAUGAUGACGGCACGUGUUUCCUUGCAGGUAACCAUGGUUAACAGAGGAAGAACAAUGAUUUCAAUCACCACCCUCCUUUUAAAGCUUCCAGUCUGUUAUUCUAACUCAAUUAGCAUGACAGAGUGAUCUCCAGCCUUGUCCUCGUCAACACUCUCACCUGUGUUAACGAGAUAAUCACUGACAUGAUGUCAGCUGGUCCUUUUGUGGCAGGGCUGAAAUGCAGUGGAAAUGUUUUUUGGGGGAUUAAGUUCAUUUUCAUGGCAAAGAGGGACUUUGCAAUUAAUUGCAAUUCAUCUGAUCACUCUCCAUGACAUUCUGGAGUGUAUGCAAAACGCCAUCAUCAAAACUGAGGCAGCAGACUUUGUGAAAAUUAAGUAUUUGCGCUCAUUCUGAAAACUUUUUUGACCACGACUGUAGACACAAAGAAACAAAGGUGUGAUUAAACCCCAACGUUUACCCGACUGCAGGUACUUCAUGUUGGUGGUGGCGCUGGAGGUCCAGGCCCACAGUCAGAGCUUCACCGUGGCGGCGCAGGUGUCCGAGAGGAUCAUCGUCAGGGUAACCUCUGUCAGUCUGGCCGUGUUUGUCUGACCGUCCUCCUCUGAUCUCAAAUAUCUCAAUAUUUACCUUGGAAAAUAACUGGGGGGGGGGAUAUUUAUAUCUGUGGUGAGGCUGUUAAACAUUCCAUGCAGAUCAGCAAAAAAACAACGUAGGAAGCUACUCAGUGUAUAGGGAUAUUACUAGCACUGCAAACAAAAGAAGAAUCCAGGACCUGUUAUUACGAAUGUAACUCAAAGGAUAUUCUACAGCUCCCCUCAACUCUACAUGUUUCCGUUGUCCGUCCCUCUUUCUGGUUAAAGGCGUCUAACCCAGGUCAGUUUGAGAGUGACAGUGAGGUGCUGUGGCAGCGCGGCCAGCUGCCCGACUCCGUCUACCACCACGGCCGGGUCGGCAUCAACACCGACCGGCCAGACGAGGCCAUGGUCAUCCACGGCAACCUGAAGGUCAUGGGCUCACUGGUUCACCCUUCGGACAUACGGGCUAAAGAGAACGUCCACGAGGUGAGGGGAUGUCUGCACGUUUUGUGUAGUUAUGGAAGAAAAAAAAAAAUACGCAUGCUCGAUCUUAAUCAAAAAAUAUUCCCUGACAGAAUGGUUAUUCAUUUGUGUCGCAAUAAUUCACAACCUUUUAUAUCCUGUUUCCUGGUCGUCGUCCUGAAACCAUACCUUUAGCUCUAUGUACCUGUCUGUAAUGUAGCUUCGUAGUCACAUCCAGGUGUGUGUGUGUGUGUGUGUGUGUCUGUGUAGGUGGACACUACAGACAACCUGAAGCGGAUCAGUCAGAUGAGGCUGGUUCAUUAUCAGUACAAGCCUGAGUUUGCUUCCAGCAUGGGCAUAGACACCAACCAAGAGACUGGUAACUUAUACAACACUGGAGUUUUGGGUUAUACAUUAUAGACAAUGAAUUAACAGCAAUCAGUAUCACUAGAAAUGUAUUGCAUUCCCAUCUUGACAUUUGUAUCGGUGAGUUAUUUUUAUUUUGUAUAUCCUCCUGUACAUUGGAUUGGAUUAGUGUGGCUUUGUGUCUGUCUGUAUACAUGCUGCUCUUACAGACCUUUCACCUAUGACCCCUGUCUCCAGGAGCUUACAGUAAGGUGUUGUAUUAUCUAGGAGUGAUAGGAGCUUACAGUAAGGUGUUGUAUUAUCUAGGAGUGAUAGGAGCUUACAGUAAGGUGUUGUAUUAUCUAGGAGUGAUAGGAGCUUACAGUAAGGUGUUGUAUUAUCUAGGAGUGAUAGGAGCUUACAGUAAGGUGUUGUAUUAUCUAGGAGUGAUAGGAGCUUACAGUAAGGUGUUGUAUUAUCUAGGAGUGAUAGGAGCUUACAGUAAGGUGUUGUAUUAUCUAGGAGUGAUAGGAGCUUACAGUAAGGUGUUGUAUUAUCUAGGAGUGAUAGGAGCUUACAGUAAGGUGUUGUAUUAUCUAGGAGUGAUAGGAGCUUACAGUCGUGUGUUGUAUUAUCUAGGAGUGAUAGGAGCUUACAGUAGUGUGUUGUAUUAUCUAGGAGUGAUAGGAGCUUACAGUAAGGUGUUGUAUUAUCUAGGAGUGAUAGGAGCUUACAGUAAGGUGUUGUUUUAUCUAGGAGUGAUAGGAGCUUACAGUAAGGUGUUGUAUUAUCUAGGAGUGAUAGGAGCUUACAGUAAGGUGUUGUUUUAUCUAGGAGUGAUAGGAGCUUACAGUAAGGUGUUGUAUUAUCUAGGAGUGAUAGGAGCUUACAGUAAGGUGUUGUUUUAUCUAGGAGUGAUUGCUCAGGAGGUGCAGCAGAUCCUGCCUGAAGCCGUGAAGGAGGGCGCAGACGUGAUCUGCUCCAACGGAGAGACCAUCCCUAAACUACUGAUGGUUAACAAGGUGAGACACACAUGCCACGCACGCACACACACACGAACACAAACACAGCAACCAAGAAUACUGUAUGUACUUGGUACGGUUGCAAAAUUCUGGAAACUUUCCCCAAGUACUUUUAGAAAUCCAAGUUGGAGAAUUCCUGGAAACAGGAGGGAAUAACUGGGGAGGGAAACGGGAAAUCCUCCCAACCGAGAUUUCUGAAGAGCCCGUCAACUUUGGAAAAGUUUCCGGAAUAUGGCAACAGACACACAAACACUAACCUCUGUGCCUCUCUCUCUCUUUCUCUCUCUCUCUCUCUCUCUCUCUCUCUCUCUCUCUCUCUCUCUCUCUCUCUCUCUCUCUCUCUCUCUCUCUCUCUCUCUCUCUCUCUCUCUCUCUCUCUCUCUCUCUCUCUCUCUCUCUCUCUCUCUCUCUCUCUCUCUCUAGGACCGUAUCUUUAUGGAGAACGUCGGAGCAGUGAAGGAGCUGUGUAAACUGACUGACAACCUGGAGACUCGUAUAGAUGAGCUAGAGCGCUGGAGCAGGAAGCUGGCCAAACUCCGCCGUCUGGACAGCAUGAAGAGCAGUGUCAGCGGAGGCACCACCAGGUGAGCCACACCUGGAUAUUAUACGUUGCAUGUCAAAUACUUUCAAUAGCUGCACCUGAUUUAGCUCUGAGUUUACACUGUUGGUAGGAUAACGUAACAAUGCAAACUUAAUCAAACACAGUUUAAUCACAUGAAAUUAUUUGACAUACUCUAUGUAUUUGGUGGAUGAUUUAAUCUUCUUACUGUCUCUCCAGCCAAUCAGGAAGCCAGUUCAGCAGGACAGGAAGUGGCCCUCUGAAGAAGAAGAAGACAGUCAAACCUGGAAGCAAGGUGAGUCUCUCUGACCUGUAUGUUUCUCUAUGUAUCAAAAUGUCUAUGGACUCAAAAUGGAUGGUAUUUAGUCAGGAUCAUUAUGAUGAACAGAUUUUUUGAUUGACAGAUAUUAUGAUUAACAGAUAUUAUUAUUAUUAUUAUUAACAUAUAUUAUGAAUAACAUAUAUUAUAAGGGGGCACACAUGCUCAUGACAAGUUCUACAAUGUGUGGUGUGAUUCCAGAGUCCGACUCCAGAGCAGGGCUGCAUCAGCCACAGGUUCAUGCAGGGGACCAUUCUGGCUCUAGUCAUCGUCAUGGCCUUCAGCGUCAUCUCCAUGUCCGUACUCUACGUGUUGACGCUGCACCACAGAGCCCACGUCUCUGAGAAGGACGGGUACGUAUGUUGUUCGCAUCAGGCAGACACAGUACAUUAGACACACCUGUGCAUGAGAUACAUCAACCAUAUACACUACGUGACCAAAAAGUAUGUGGACACCUGCUCGUCGAACAUCUCAUUCCAAAAUCAUGGGCAUUAAUAUGGAGUUGGUCCCCCCCCCCCUUUGCUGCUAUAACAGCCUCCACUCUUCUGGGAAGGCUUUCCACUAGAUGUUGGAACAUUGCUGCGGGGACUUGCUUCCAUUCAGCCAGAAGAGCAUUAGUGAGGUCGCAGUCCAAUUAAUCCCAAAGGUGUUCGAUGGGGUUGAGGUCAGGGCUCUGUGCAGGCCAGUCAAGUUCUUCCACACCGAUCUCGACAAACCAUUUCUGUAUGGACCUCGCUUUGUGCACGGGGGCAUUGUCAUGCUGAAACUGGAAAGGGCCUUCCCCAAACUGUUGCCACAAAGUUGGAUGCACAGAAUCGUCUAGAAUGUCAUUGUAUGCUGUAGCGUUAAGAUAUCCCUUCACUGGAACUAAGAGGACUAGUCCGAACCAUGAAAAACAGCCCCAGACCAUUCAUUAUUCCUCCUCCACCAAACUUUACAGUUGGCACUAUGCAUUGGGGCAGGUAGUGUUCUCCUGGCAUCUGCCAAACCCAGAUUGGUGAAGUGUGAUUCAUCACUCCAGAGAACGCGUUUCCACUGCUCCAGAGUCCAAUGGCGGCGAGCUUUACACCACUCCAGCCGAAGCUUGGCAUUGCGCAUGGUGAUCUUAGGCUUGUGUGCGGCUGCUCGGCCAUGGAAACCCAUUUCAUGAAGCUCCCGACGAACAGUUAUUGUGCUGACUUUGCUUUGAGAGGCAGUUUGGAACUUGGUAAUGAGUGUUGCAACCGAGGACAGAUGAUUUUUACGCGCUACACACUUCAGCACUCGUCAGUCCCGUUCUGUGAGCUUGUGUGGCCUACCACUUCGCGGCUGAGCCGUUGUUGCUCCUAGACGUUUCCACUUCACAAUAACAGCACUUACAGUUGACCGGGGAAGCUCUAGUAGGGCAGACAUUUUACGAACUGACUUGUUGGAAAGGUGGUAUCCUAUGACGGUGCCACGUUGAAAGUCACUGAGCUCUUCAGUACAGGCCAUUCUACUGCCAGUGUUUGUCUAUGGAGCUUGCAUGGCGGUGUGCUCAAUUUUAUACACCUGUUAGCAAUGGGUGUGGCUGAAAUAGCCGAAUGCACUAAUUUGAAGGGGUGUCCACAUACUGCUGUCUAUAUAGUUUACCUGUACCUACAGUACAACACAGGAUCCAUAUUAGGACAGGUGGCUUAGUGGGUAAGAGCGUCGUGCCAGUAACCGAAAGGUCGCUGGUUCUAAUCCCCGAGCCGACAAGGUGACAAAUCUGUCGAUGUGCCCUUGAGCAAGGCACUUAACCCUAACUGCUCCUGUAAGUCGCUCUGGAUAAGAGCGUCUGCUAAAUUACAACAACAAAAAAUAAAAAAAUUAAGGACAACGCCAAGUGAGGCUAUCCUCAUAUUUGCACCAUAAAUAUAUCUCCUGUGUAUCUUCAUUCAUUCACUCUCCUGUGUAUAGUAUCUUUGUUCCUUUCUAUAUCUAUGUGGCUAUGUGUACAGUAUCUUGUUUCCUUCAUGUGUACAGUAUCUUGUUUCCUUCAUGUGUACAGUAUCUUGUUUCCUUCAUGUGUACAUUAUCUUGUUUCUUUCAUGUGUACAGUAUCUUUGUUCCUGUCUUCUGUCCUCUUUAGCUAUGUGUCCUCUUGUUCACUCCACGUCUCUAACUCUAACACUCUUCACUGCUACUGUCACUUUCUGUCCACCACUUGUCAGUUUUGACUUAAAACUUUACUCCUCUCUCUUUUCUCUCUCUCCGGGGGGCUCUUGUCCCCCCUUUCCCCUUUCCUCCUCCUUUCUUCUGGUUUCUUUCUUUUUAAUUCCUCUCCUCUCUCUUUCUUCUCUCCCUCUCUUCUCUUCUUCUUCCCUUUUCCCCCUUUCCUUCUUUUUCUUCUUUUUUUUUUUUUUCUUGCCUUUUCUCCUCUCUCUUCUCUUUCUUCUUUCCAUCUUUGGGAAAUUAAUGUAGUUGAAUAGGGGUUUUAAAAAAGCUUUUAAAGGCAAGGGCAAACACUUUACCCGCCGCAGCUAAAAAUUACAUUUAAAUUUAAAUCUUUUAACAACUUUUUUCCUUUUUUAAAGGACAGGAAAACCCCUCCCCCCACCGCCGCA